AUGGCGAGCACAUGCUCACUGCCCACAAAGAAUGCAGUGACAUAUGAGGAUGUGCAUGUGAACUUUACUCGGAAAGAAUGGGCUUUGCUGGAUCCUUCCCAGAAGAGUCUCUACAAGGAUGUGAUGCUGGAGACCUACAGGAACCUCAGAGCUAUAGACUCUUAUUGGGAAGACCACAGUAAUGAAGAAAAGUCUCAAACUUCUAGAAGAAGUAGAAGGCAUAAAAGAACACAUACUGGGGAGAAGCCCUAUGAAUGUAACCACUGUGGUAAAGCCUUUGCUCGUCACUGCCAUCUUCAAAUCCAUGAAAGGACACAUACUGGAGAGAAGCCCUUUGAGUGUAUCCAAUGUGGUAAAGCCUUUGCAUAUCACGGUGAUCUUCAAAGGCAUAAAAGAACACAUACUGGGGAGAAGCCCUAUGAAUGUAACCAAUGUGGUAAAGCCUUUUCAUGUCACAGUUAUCUUCAAAGGCAUAAAAGAACACAUACUGGAGAGAAACCCUAUGCAUGUAACCAAUGUGGUAAAGCCUUUGCAUACCACAGCCUUCUCCAUAUACAUAAAAAAUCACAUACUGGAGAGAAGCCUUAUGAAUGUAACCACUGUGGUAAAGCCUUUGCUCGUCACUGCCAUCUACAAAGCCAUGAAAGGACACAUACUGGAGAGAAACACUAUGGAUGUAACCAUUGUGGUAAAGCCUUUGCAUAUCAGAGUACUCUUCAAAGGCAUAAAAGAACACAUACUGGGGAGAAGCCCUAUGAAUGUAACCAAUGUGGUAAAAUCUUUUCAUGCCACAGUUAUCUUCAACAGCAUAAAAGAACACAUACUGGAGAGAAACCUUAUGCAUAUAACCAAUGUGAUAAAGCCUUUGCAUGUCACAGUAAUCUUCAGAGUAACAAAAGAACACAUACUUGA